AUGGCGCCAACAAAGAAUCAGAUCACCUUCCCCAAAUCCGACGAACUUACUUUAGAACACUUGCAAACAAUUCAAGCAUGGGGAGAGCUUUACAUAUUUGAUCUCCCUAAGACUUUACGCGGAGAUCUUUUCAAGAUCAAUCUGAUCACGUUCCAUUGUGGAUCCUCCGAGUCCCUGGCUCCCCAAACUAGUGUAGAGGCAUCAGAGGAAAUUUGGCCUGGUAACCCCGAAUGGAUCAAAAGGAUCAAAUUGUUUGGACAAGCCUACAGAUUCGAAUUCUUUCGUUGUGUCUUACCUCAGUCUUAUGAUCGUGAGAGUGGUUUGAUAUUUGAUAAACCUCUUUUCGAGUUACAAAGGUUACAACACGAUCCUGUAAUCUUUGGUCACAGACGUUGGACUUUGAUCAUCUUUGGAAAAGAAAACAUUGCUGCUAUCCAUCUUCAAACUGAUUUAGCAAAACAUGAUGAAAGCGAAACUAUCAAAGACAGAUUGGUAGUCCUCAAAGAUGAAGUGAUCAAACUAAAGGCUGACUUUGAUUCACGAAACAUCUUUCCAACAAUCAAUCUAGCUGCCCCAGGUCUCGAAAGCAAAAACGGCGAUUCCAAGAGUUAUCCAAAGAGCAAAAAGGAAAAAGUUGUCGAAAAAUUAUCUCGUAAAAAAGGAGCAGUUGAUAGAGACCACAUGAACAAGGCUGGCUCCGAGCUCUUGUCGUCUUGGGAAAAUGAAUUAGACAAAUCGGAACUUAUCUUCGUUGGUGCUAGUAAGAAAGAAAUCUCAACUUUCUUUCCAGAAUCAUCAUCAUUACAUAAUAAACUUCGAGCUUUUCCUUUCGCCUUUGGAUCUCCGGACAUCGAGGAGCUCAAGCGUUGCUACGUGAAGCUUACUACAGCUAAGCUUGAUCGUGACUUAUAG